AUGACUAGGGGAGACGAAAAAAAAUGGAUUGAGCAGUUACGCAUGAACCCACCAAAGUUGCUAGAUGAAGAUGAUUUGAGAUUUGUAUGUCAAAAGGUUAAGGAAAUUCUAAUAGAAGAGAAUAAUGUUCAGUCUAUAAGUACACCAGUAAUAAUAUGUGGAGAUAUACAUGGACAAUUUUUUGAUUUAUUAGAAUUAUUUGAUGUUGGUGGAGAUAUUAUGACUAAUGAUUAUAUUUUUUUAGGUGAUUAUGUAGAUAGAGGUUAUAAUAGUGUAGAAACAUUUGAAUAUUUAUUAUUAUUAAAAUUAUUAUUUCCUAAAAAUAUAACAUUAUUACGAGGUAAUCAUGAAAGUAGGCAAAUAACUACAGUUUAUGGGUUCUAUGAUGAGUGCUUUAAAAAAUAUGGAAAUGCAAAUGCUUGGAAAUAUUGCACAGAUAUUUUUGAUUAUUUAACACUAGCAGCUCUUGUUGAUAAUCAAAUAUUUUGUGUCCAUGGAGGUUUGUCUCCAGAAAUUAAAUUAAUAGAUCAACUUCGAUUAAUAAAUCGGGUUCAAGAAAUACCUCAUGAAGGUGCCUUUGGCGAUAUUAUGUGGUCAGACCCCGAUGAAGUAGAAGAUUGGGUAGCCAAUCCAAGAGGAGCUGGGUGGUUAUUUGGGCCAAAAGUUACGAAAAAAUUUAAUUAUAUUAAUAAUCUUGAAUUAAUAGCUAGAGCUCAUCAGCUAGCCAUGGAGGGGUAUCGAUAUAUGUUUGACGAUUCUACAAUUAUUACGGUUUGGUCAGCUCCAAACUAUUGUUAUAGAUGUGGAAACGUUGCAGCAAUUAUGAGAAUUGAUGAAAAUAUGAAUAGGCAAAUGCUAAUAUUUAAGGAUACCCCCGAUUCGAGAAAUUCAGUGAAAAAUAAAGCGACCAUUCCGUAUUUUUUAUAG